UUACCUUGCACAAGAGACGGAGAAACAGCCACAAAAAAUGGGGGUGAAGGGGUUACUGGAGCGUUUAAGGGAUGGCGAGGAUGUGAUAGUGGCGGAAGGAUAUGUGUUUGAAUUGGAAAGACGAGGUUAUUUAAGAGCAGGCGCCUUUGUACCGGAAGUGGUCAUUGAGAAACCCGAGGCUGUCACAGCUCUCCAUGAGGAAUUCGUUCACGCCGGAAGUGACGUCGUUCUAGCCUUCACAUAUUACUGUCACCGGGAGAAGAUGAGGGUGAUAGGACGAGAGGGUGACCUGGAGAAGAUCAAUCGUCAGGCCCUGAGGCUGGCUCGUGAUGUGGCUAAUCGGACGGGCACGUUGAUGGCAGGGAACAUCUGUAACACCACAGUCUACAACCAUAAGAACCCAGAAACGGCGGCCGAGACCAGGCAAAUAUUCAAAGAACAGGUAGAAUGGGCAGUGGAGGAGAAGGCGGACUUUAUAGUGGGAGAGACGUUCGGGGAGUUAGGCGAGGCUUUGCUUGCAUUGGAAGCAAUCAAAAUACACGGGAAAGGGUUGCCUGCUGUGAUUACUUUGGGCAUUGCUUCGUUCGACAAUAGGACAUUCUGCGGAGUGCCCUACCUAGAGGCGCUUAAAAAGCUAGAGGAGGCAGGGGCUGAUGUUGUAGGACUCAACUGUACACGGGGGCCUAGAACGAUGCUUCCUCUUAUAGCCGAAGCUAAGGCGGCCUGCAAGGUUCCGAUUGCUGCUCUUCCAGUAGUGUACAGAACCACAGAACAAUGUGUUAACUUCCUUGCCUUAAACGACCCAGAUACAGGCGAUUUUGCGUUUCCAACAGAGUUACCUGCUCUUGCUUGCUCACGGAAAGAGAUAGCCGAGUUUGGCCGGAAAUGUAAGGAGCUCGGCGUCCAGUAUGUCGGAUUGUGCUGUGGCAAUGCAUCGCAUUAUCUCCGGGAAGUGGCGGAGGCUUACGGAAGGCACCCCGGCGCCUGUCGGUAUUCUCCGAACAUGAGGCAGCAUUUUAUCUGGGGGGAAGAUGCUGAGUUCAAGAAAAGCUACUCAGAUGAUUUACGCAAAAUGUUGAAAGCACAACCCAAAUAGAUAGUAUACUAUCUUUAAGAAUGCGAUUUCCGUAAGAAUUAAGACUAGACUCCUUUUUGCUUUGCUCGCUUUCUUUCAAAUGAAUUGUGGUUUGGGGGACGCAAGUUUAUUGUAGGCCUAACCGCCUCGUGUUUGUUGGAAAACUGCUUUAUGUCGGGUUGUUAUCAGAAGUUUUAUUAAGCUCUUGUGGCUGUUUUUGAUUUUGUGUGCAGGCUAGAGCUAUGUGAGCGAAUAAAAAGAAAUGUCGGAAAGAGACUUUUACUCUAUAUGCCAAAUGCGGUAUACUUCUUAUCAAAGCUGGGCCGGUACAUGGCACAGGCUCACCAACCUCGGGUGUUUUUUCCACCUAUCCGACAAGCGUCCCGUAAGUCAAAUAUUCUUGAGAACGGCGUUUAAAGCCAAUCAAAUAAAUAAAGAAAUAAAUGUUACUGUACAUGGGAUGUGGUCUACUGGUUGACAUCAGUAACCAUCGCAGUUCAGACAUCACGGCUUAAGUUCUUCCCUCUAGAAAAAAGAGGUAGUUGACAGGUAAACCAUCAUUGUUAAUAAACUUGACCCAUCGGGCCACUUUGGCGAAGUUGACCAUAAAAGUUAAAUAAAAAAGGAGAUGCGAUUCUGUCGGUUUGGAAAGUGUUGCUUAUGACAAUGCAUUUAAAGAUCAUGGGUUGUCACAGGGAUUGUUAUGCAAGCUAAAAUGUACACAUGUUUGCUGAAAACAGUGUAAAUCGUUUGACGAAUUAUUACAAAAU